GCAAUAUGUAGCUGGCUGCCGGUAGCACUGUACCUACCUGUGCACACAUCUGCGGCGCGCUCCGAGUGGUAUUAUGAUUAACACAGGUUUUGAGACAGUAGAUGUACAGUGAACAGUUGAGUAGUGGUUUGAAUCGAUGACCUAUUGUCAUCUUCAUGUUCAAGAGACUAAUUUAUUAAUUGCCGGACAUUUUCUGCUAAGCCUACUGGUAAUUUAUAGUAGUUUGAACUCCAAGACCAAGUAUACCUGGACAGACAGGGAUCAUACUGAACAGAAGCGCGAUACCAGAGUUGCCAGGAAUAGCAAACUCAUUUAUACUUCGCAUCAAGUUGAUCAACAGGUCUGCCCAACAUAGCAAUUCAACUGAAAGCCAACCCCCAAUGUUCCAGUGAUUUGCAGGAUUCUACAUUUUACUCUUGUAUACAUGUUACCAUGUAGCAGCUUGUACUAUCGAUGAAGAGAUGACCUUUGACCUCCGAAAGGGGAACUUUAAUCGAGCAUAGAUGACUCAAUUUAUCAGCUUAGAGAGGAAAUCUGAAGAUUUGUAGACCGAACGACGACGUGACUGUUGUCAUUCUCUCAGACACCUUGUAGAGACUGUCAAAAUGGGAAAUGCCUUAAGAAAACUGUUCCGGUUAGGAGGAUCGACUGACACGAACUCGUCCAACGCAACACAGCCUAAACCAAAUAUAUCUUCAAACUUUCAGUCGAAACCGGAUCAGCCUCCUCCUGUUCCAUGGAGGCCCCCAGAAAUGAGUUACAUUGCACUGUACGCAUUCCAGGGAAGGAACGAUGGUGACUUGUCUUUCGAGAAAGGAGAAGUGCUCAAAGUAUUCGACCAGUCUGGUGAUUGGUGGGUAGCAUCCUCAACCAGAACGAAUGUCCAGGGUUACAUCCCAUGCAACUAUGUCGCACCUGUCAACUCCUUAGAGGUAGAAGAAUGGUUCUUUGGUUCGUGUACGCGGAGUGAGGCCAUCAUGAGACUACAGGCUGAUAAUCUACCCAAGGGAACCUUCCUUGUCAGAGAAAGUGAAACGAGACCAGGUACGUACGCACUCACAGUGAGGGAAACAGACCACGGUCACCCACCGACAAUCAAGAACUACAGGGUAGACAAGACCAAAGACGGGAGCGAACUCUUCUUCAUUAAUCCACAGAGGAAAUUCAACACCGUCAUAGAUGUGGUCAAAUUUCAUACCAGUCAACCAGGCGGUCUAUGCUCCAAGCUUCUUAAACCCUGCCCCAAACAGACCCCCAACACACGCACCCUCGGACACGCGGUAUGGGAGCUACCUCGGUCCUCUCUCAAACUCCUGGACAAGCUGGGCCAGGGGCAGUUUGGAGCAGUAUGGAAAGGUAUCUACGAUGGCAAGGUAGAGGUUGCCGUGAAGACGUUAAGGGCAGGAACAAUGUCACCAGAAGCAUUCUUAGCUGAAGCAAACUUGAUGAAGGAGCUUAAACACGUCAAGCUAGUCAACCUGUAUGGAAUCUGCUCGGACGAGGAGCCCAUCUACAUCAUUACAGAGUUAAUGGUCAAUGGUAGCUUACUUGGAUACCUGAGGGAAGGAGGUGGGCAGUAUCUUGGAUUGAGGGAGCUUGUAGAUAUCGCAGCACAGAUUGCCAGAGGGAUGAACUACCUGGAGUCAAAGGGUUAUGUCCACAGAGACUUGGCCGCCAGGAACGUGCUGAUUGGCCAUAACAACGAGGCUAAGGUAGCCGACUUUGGAUUGGCUAAGCUGGUUCAAGAUGACAACUAUGUGGCUAGAAAAGGGGCUAAAUUCCCAGUCAAAUGGACAGCUCCGGAGGCUGCCCUCUAUGGGACGUUUAGUAUAAAGUCUGAUGUUUGGUCGUUCGGUAUUCUCCUGUCAGAGAUUGCUACUAAGGGAAAGACUCCUUAUCCAGGCAUGGACAACCAGACAGCCUUGAAGGAAGUGAAGAGCGGUUACCGCAUGCCCAAGCCAAUGUACUGUCCGGACUCUCUCUAUGACAUCAUGACGAAGUGUUGGAACGAAAGGCCUCAGCAGAGACCCACCUUUGAGACUCUCUACAAUUUCCUUGAUGACUACUUUGUGGCAACGGAACCGGAGUACCACGAUCCUGAGGGAUUUUAGUUGUGACUUUGGAUGGUACUUCUCUGUUGCAAUAGCUAGGAAAAGAUAUCUCUGUAUGCAUAUACUCUUGGAUAGGGACCUUGAAAGAACUAGGAGGCGUGAUAGCACAUUCGGUAGAGCAGUGGUCUCGUAAUCCGGUGACCCGGGUUCGAAACCAAGGCGAUGCGCUAGUGCCCUUUGGUAAGGCAUUAAUCCUCAUCACCAGGUCCCUAAAGGACCUAAAGUCGUUGGCCGUCUGGUUGCUUACUUACAGGCAUUUAUGCUUUCUUAGCAGUCAGGUAAAAUAACAACCACCACCACCAACUAUCCUUCUUGAUGUCUUUGAAGCAGCAACAAGAGAUCUUCUACAACAUCUUGGAAUCUAGUUUGUCUCAAUGGAGCAUAGUACUAUUAUCCAGAAGGCCUUUACAUGUACAUAGUUCGUGACUGAUGUGUGAUUUACUUGUAUGAGUCCAUUGCAAAUGCAAUAUGAAACUUCCUGCCAUAGGAAAAUGAUUUCAUGAAGAGCUUGAGAGGCAGACCUUCCAAACUGUCUUCCUUCAGGACCUCAAUAUAUGUGUGUGGCACCAGGGGGGGUGUUUCACAAAGCCUUUUUUCAA